AAGAAACAAAAAUGGCUGCCGAAAAGGUUCCUAGUUAUAUGAUAGUAAAUAAACAGUUACAGGACCUUGUACGAAUACAGGACAACAUCUUGGCUAAAUCUAUAGCUAUGAAUGAUUCCCGAAAGGAAAACGUUGUUCCACUUGAAGAGUACGAAAAAGUUGUAAGACAAUUCGAGAAUGAACAACUUGAACACAUUAAAACUAAAGCAAAGCUGGCAAGUGUGAGUGAAAAGUUAGAGUUUGCUCUUGGAGAAAUUGAUAUCCUUACUAAGCAGUUAAACAGAGAAAAGAUGGCAUUUGAAAAAUCGUUUGGAAAUUUAAAGCAUAUUGCUAAUGAAGAAUCCCAAGCAAAAAAUGAACUACUGAACAAAUGUGGAGAAAUGGAGAUGAUUUGUAGUAAACAAGAUGAUGUUCUAAGCUCUAAAGAUGCACAAAUCAAGGACCUCAAACAAAGACUAGCCAAACAAAAACAAAACCACAAACAGUGUCUGUCAGAAAUGGAAAUUCAACGUCAACAAGAAAGAUACAUAAUAAUGAAUACACAUAAAACAAAAGACAGCAGUAAUAACACUAGACAAAGAAGAGUCACUUUCAGAUAGUUACAUGUAAAGCUCAAACAAAAAUAAUGUGUUCAAAAAAUAAAAUUAAGGACAAAAAUUUAGAUAAAAAUUUUCUCUCUUUAUUCUUUCACUGUAAACCUAAGAUAUUUUGUCAAAACUAAAAGACAAAGCUCCUACUUCUACUU